GCCGCUGUGCGCGGUGUUUACAGGGGAUGUAAAGAGGGGACGGAGGCACCGACGGACCGCGCCGUGUCUGCUCUGCUCUGCCCAGCCCGCUGCAUCGCUGAGCGGCCUGUGAAGCGCACAAGAUGUCGACCAGAACGCCAUUGCCCACGGUGAACGAGCGGGACACCGAGAAUCACUCUUCGGUGGAUGGCUUUGUUGAACCCCCAGUUCCCCCAACAAAGUCUGCAAGCCGCCACAGCCUGCCGCGAUGUCGCAACUCUUUCACCUCUACAGAGGAGCACCCCCACAUUGGUAAUUACCGCCUCCUCAAGACCAUUGGGAAGGGGAAUUUCGCCAAGGUUAAACUGGCACGACAUGUCCUGACUGGACGAGAGGUGGCCGUGAAGAUUAUAGACAAAACCCAGCUGAAUCCCACCAGUCUACAGAAGCUCUUCAGGGAAGUUCGAAUAAUGAAGAUACUAAAUCAUCCAAAUAUAGUGAAAUUGUUUGAGGUGAUUGAGACUGAGAAGACACUUUAUUUGGUGAUGGAGUACGCUAGUGGUGGAGAGGUAUUCGACUAUUUGGUGGCUCAUGGCAGAAUGAAGGAGAAGGAGGCCAGGGCCAAGUUCAGACAGAUUGUGUCUGCUGUGCAGUAUUGUCACCAGAGGAGGAUAGUACACAGGGAUCUAAAGGCAGAGAACCUGUUGUUAGACGCAGAUAUGAACAUCAAGAUAGCUGACUUUGGCUUCAGCAACGAGUUCACUGUAGGCAGUAAGCUGGACACUUUCUGUGGCUCCCCACCCUACGCUGCUCCAGAGCUCUUCCAGGGAAAAAAGUAUGAUGGACCAGAAGUGGACGUCUGGAGCCUUGGAGUUAUCCUCUACACACUGGUCAGCGGAUCACUGCCCUUUGACGGACAGAACCUAAAGGAGCUGAGGGAGAGGGUCCUGCGGGGAAAGUACCGUAUUCCUUUCUACAUGUCCACAGACUGUGAAAACCUACUGAAGAAAUUACUUGUUCUCAACCCUGUCAAACGAGGCAGUUUGGAGCAAAUCAUGAAAGACCAUUGGAUGAAUGUGGGUCAUGAGGAGGAGGAGCUGAAGCCUUACAUCGAGCCUGAGGCGGACUUCAGUGACUCAUCCAGAAUAGAGCUCAUGGUGACGAUGGGCUUCCCUAAAGAUGAGAUCACAGAGUCUCUUCAAAGUCAGAAGUACGAUGAUGUCAUGGCCACUUAUCUACUGUUGGGCAGAAAAGCUCCAGAGUUUGAAGGGAGCGAGCCACUGACUAACAGCAUCCUGGGUCAGCGACAGCGACCGACCAGUGAAGUCAACAACAGCUCCAGCGUUUCUCCCGCCCAUCCCAAGGUCACACGCAGCAUCUCGGCCAAUCAGAAGCAGCGCCGCUACAGUGAUCAUGGUGGGGAUGAUGAUGGUGGUGGUGGUGGUGGUGUCGUAGAGAAGCCAAUGGGUCCAUCCGUGCCGCCGGCAGUAUCGUACACGAAGCGUGGCCAGGCCUUAAGUGUGGAAAGUGACCACAGGGAGGAGUGGGAUGGAGCACGCCGGCUGGAGCUCAGCACUUCAAAAGGAGAUGUUCCUGCCUCACCAAUAGGAGUCCAGGAGAGGAAGAAAACUACAAGUGCUGUGGGGACCAAUGGAUCAAUGACUCGCAGGAACACAUACGUGUGUGAACGAUCCUCCACUGACCGCUACUCUGCUAUUCCCAAUGGCAAAGACAGCAGUUUAACUGAGGUGUCGGGGAGCACCCCAUCGACUGCAAUAAGUUCGACACGACCUCGUCACACCAAGUCCAUGUCAUCGUCAGGACACCCUUCAAAGAGCACACUGCCCCCCAUUGACGACAAUACAGAGCUUAAAGCCAGCUCCUCUCCACGGGGUCCGUCCACCUCUCCAUCUGCACACAGUAUUAGCACCCCGGAGAAGAACCGUUUCCCUCGUGGCACCACUAGUCGUAGCACCUUCCAUGGGGCUCAGCUCAGAGACCGGCGGAGUGCGACCUACAACGGCCCCCCGGCCUCGCCCACACUGUCCCACGAUACAGGGGCUCUCGCUCAGCAACGAAGGGGCACCUCCACUGGUAUCAUCAGCAAGAUCACCUCCAAGUUUGUCCGCAGGGUACCUAGUGAGGGAGAAGCCAGUGCCAGGACAGAAACAUCAAGGAGUGCGUCUGGUGAUACUAAAGAGGAAGUGGGUCGGGACUCCAAGCCCCGCUCACUGCGUUUCACCUGGAGCAUGAAGACCACCUCCUCCAUGGAGCCUGCCGAGAUGAUGAGAGAAAUCCGAAAGGUACUGGACGCCAACAGUUGCGAUUAUGAGCAGCGUGAACGCUUCCUUCUCUUCUGCGUCCAUGGCGAUGCUCGCCAGGACAACCUGGUGCAGUGGGAGAUGGAGGUGUGCAAGCUGCCCCGCCUUUCCCUCAAUGGCGUGCGCUUCAAGAGGAUAUCAGGCACAUCCAUUGCCUUUAAGAAUAUUGCUUGCAAAAUUGCCAAUGAGCUCAAACUGUGACAGCAGAUGGAGUCCCAGUCAGUCUUUGGUGAGCUCUGGUCACAGUCUCAUCUCAUCACUGGAUUAGUGUUGACUUGCAGGACAAAAUUCAGCACUGAAGGUCCUCACCAUGGAGAAUCAGGGUGGACUCGGCUGGUAGUGUGUAAUACUGGCCAUGAAUGUACUGUACAGGGUAGUGGAUCAGAGAGAUAUCGCAAGGUUUAACCUCUGUGACGGAGAGAUAGCAAAAACACCUAACACCUUUUUCUUCUUCCGUCCAGCCCUCUGUCUCUCUCAUCAGUCCACUGCUCCUCGUCAUAGGACACAUUCAAGUAACACAUGCAGUAUGCAACUGAAGAUGACCAUCCUGCAAUAAUGUUUUCAGUCUCUUUUUCUAAACGCCUACUACAAGAUCUACUCUCCUCGCUGAAUAACCAUUAAAAUUACUGAAAGCUAAAAUAGCCGCUUUUCCACCUGUGUUAAGUCAGUAUAUAGAUCAGG